AACAUCUUCUACCGAAUGAUGCGCCAUAUAUAUCGACCGAAUGAUAUGUGUUUCAGGCUUCAGCAAGUAUUUCUAUAAAAAAAUCAUCAGAAUGUCUGAAGCCCAAACCAGACAAGUCAAAAUGACGAAAUACAAGACAAAAUCUUCCACUGAGAAAAACGGUAUUCUGGAUUUACGGUUAAUUUGAUCUUCUAUUCCAUCACUUUUAUCUUCACUCAACAGCGACGUGGGACGUUGGUAUCGUGAUGUCCCUUUCAUGUCUGCCUCAUGCGGUGAAAGCUUUCUUUUGUAUUCCGCUCUACUGUAGCAACAAAGCCUAUCACUAAAUACCUCUCACCAUUACAUUAGAUUUGUUUGAGAAAAACCUCAAGCUCAAUCGAAUGGCAGGAGGGGAUUUGAAGAACAAGGCAUUAAGGUUGUCUUCUACAGUGCAAAACUAUGAAUGGGGGAAGCACGGACGCGCAGGGGAGGUUGGGAGGCUUUAUUCUCUUAUAUCCAAAUCCCCCCCAGAAGAAGAUAAGCCCUAUGCAGAGCUGUGGAUGGGCACCCAUGAUUCAGGACACAGCCUUGUAGUUUCCGAAGAAGAACAUACUGGAAAAUUGCCCUUGAGAAACUGGUUGCAGGAGCACCCUGAAGCACUUGGAGAUAAGGUACUGGAACGGUGGGGAAUUGAUCUGCCCUUUUUGUUCAAGGUUCUUUCAGUGGGGAAGGCUUUGUCCAUACAAGCACACCCAGACAAGGAUCUGGCUCAAGCUUUGCAUCAGGCUCAGCCAAAGGUUUAUAAAGACUCUAAUCAUAAGCCUGAGAUGGUUCUGGCUCUCACGGAGUUUGAGGCUUUGUGUGGAUUUGUCGAUCAACAGGAGCUUAAGAAUGUCCUACAGACUGUGCCUGAGAUUGAGAAUAUUCUCGGAGAAUCAAGAACAAUAGAACUCAUGGAUGUAGAAUCGAGGGGCCAAAGUGCUGAUCAUGUGAAAAUGUCAUUGAAGUCUGCUUUUACUCAACUCAUGACAAUUGAUAAAGAGGCAGUGAUGGAGGCACUGAGGAAGUUAAAAAUGCGGCUGAAUCAGGAGAAUCAGGUGAGGAAUUUGACACUAAAAGAGCAACUUGUUCUAAGGCUGGAAAAGCAAUACCCAAAUGAUAUUGGAGUUAUAUCUGCAUUCUUCUUUAACUAUGUCAAGCUUGUUCCUGGGGAAGCUCUUUAUUUAGAUGCAAACGAGCCUCAUGCAUACUUGUAUGGAGAAUGUGUUGAAUGCAUGGCUACAUCUGAUAAUGUUGUACGGGCUGGCCUGACCCCAAAGUACCGUGAUGUUGAAACACUUUGCUCGAUGUUAACAUACAAACAGGGCAUGCCAGAGAUUUUGCAAGGGGUGCCUUUGAAUCCCUUUACCACACGGUACUCACCACCUUUCUAUGAGUUUGAAGUGGAUCGUUGUAUCCUCCCAUUUAGCACAACUGUAACAUUUCCAGCAGUCUCAGGACCAUCCAUUUUUUUAGUUCUAUAUGGCGAGGGGGUAAUGACACAAAAACUUGUAAAUGAUGAGUCAAUAAUUAAUGUUCAGGAAGGAGAUGUUUUCUUUGUUCCGGCAGGUAUUCAACUUGAUAUUUCCUCAAUCAUCGAAGAAAAUAUAGAAGCAAAUAAAGAACACAGGCCUCUACACUUAUACAGGGCUGGAGUCAACAGCAGAGUGUUCGAGUAGCAGAUGAAGAAAGAAACAACUAUCUUGUGUGUCAUAAUUCUUUCUGUAUGUAUUAUGCAUCAUCAACAUGAAGCUGAAGCAGUCCAUUUGAUAAGGGGUCUUAACUUGUGGCUAAUGUUGUCCGGGAUUUGCUAUAAAUUCAAGCCAUUAACUUUUCAAUUCUGACAGGCUAGUGACUAACAUAUGAUACAUGUCGACAACAAAAUAUAUGGCAUGACAGGCUUCGUUGAAGAAUUGACUCAAGGAUUAUAUAUAUGGAUUUGUAAAUGCAUGGAACAAUAUAUGUGUAUUUGAAGCUUUCCACCUAAAUUGGGUUGGUUUAGUUCCUUGAAGCCUCUUAUGUUAAGAUGUUGUGGACAAUUAACCGUUUAAAUGUUAAUGAAUUCAGUCCUUGAUGAUGUGUUUA